AUCCUUCCUCUCCGCGUUGGGUUUUUCCACCACCAAACCUAUACAUACACCUAUACACACAAAUCACCGAAACUCAAUAAUUCAAUCGUAUAUAUUUAAUAUCUAAUAAUUGGCAUUUUUUCGUCCAAUUCGAUAUUUUCUAGGGCUCGGCGCCCAAACAAAUGAAAUUUUAAUAUUUCAUCAAUCAUUUCGUUUCGAAACUUUAAUAUGUUAUCGAUUUUAUGUUAAUUAGGUUGUGAUAAUUGUUUUUGUAAGGCUGUGUUUGGCGGUGAGUAUGGAUUGUGGAGUCUAUGCGACUCGGGGAGAAUUAUUAUCGAUUAUCAGAAUGGCGGCCGGCGGUGACGGAGGUUAUAGUCACGAGAGCGAGCAUGAUCUCGCGGUGAUGGUUAGUGAUUUUUUGGAGAACGGGAGCGGUGAUUCGCAUCGGUGUCAUAAUAGUAGUGAUAGUGAUUCCGGCUUCUCCGAUCUUCCCAGCCUGGCCGAUAACAUCAAGUGUUAUAAGCUGUCAAUGGAUCAGUAUGAACGUGACUUGUUGUCUGUUGUGGAUUCUUUGAUGCAAUCUAUCAGUGAGAUAGACCUACACCUUGUCAAGCCAGGUCCAUGUAAUGCUAGUUGUAUCAGAUAUUCCCUUGUAAAGCUUCUGAGACUUUCUGGUUAUGAUGCUGCUGUGUGCUCAUCUAAGUGGCAGGGUAGUGGAAAGGUUCCUGGGGGGGACCAUGAGUAUAUUGAUGUUGUUAAUCACAAUGAUGCUCGAAGCUCUGAGCGUCUGAUCAUUGAUAUAGACUUUAGGAGUCACUUUGAAAUAGCUAGAGCUGUUGACUCAUAUGACAGGAUAUUGAAUACCCUUCCAGUUGUUUAUGUGGGCUCUUUGAGCAAAUUGAAACAAUACCUUCAAGUCAUGGUUGAAGCUGCAAGGUCUUCUCUCAAGCAGAACUCGAUGCCUUUCCCUCCAUGGAGAUCCCUUGCUUAUUUGCAAGCGAAGUGGCAGUCUCCAUAUCAGAGGCAUUAUUGUCCAAUUGAAGAGAAAGUUGAGAAACUGAGGGCCACUGCGAGGUCUGAUCACAGGCAAUGUUAUGGGCAUUUAAAGAGACUGCAAGCUUCAAUUCAAUCUGAAAUGGAAGUGCAGCGAUUACUGAAGCCAAGAAACAGUGACAAGAGUCGUAUAUUGAAGCUUGACCGGCGUAGGCUCAUAUCAUACAAGACUCUCUGAGUCUUACAAAUUUUGUCCGCGAGGAAAUUAAUUUUUUAGGAUACAUAAAAUUCGUUUUACAUAAAUUUUACCAGUGAGGACCUGUUAGAUUUUUUUUUUUUAAUUGUUUUGGGGGAGAUAAUAAGUUGUUAUGGACCAGGGAUAAUGGGUUCAUAUUUACAUCAAAUAAGUAGCUAAAACACAUUAUGUGGGGUUGUUUUUGUUCCCCAUCCCAUGUUUGGGUGUCAGGUUGUUGACCUAUUUUCAUCAGAUAUUGCAAGAUGGUUGGACUUGGAAAUUGUUGAAGGGUGUAGUUUUCUACAGCAUCAGUUUCUUGAGAUAGUCGGGCUUCUUGGAUAACGCUGGAACAUGGAGCAUCAGUCUAUUACAAAUUUGUUCUAUGUUCUGCUUUUGUUAUUCUUUUUUUUUUCUUCCCUCUUUUUUGUUUGUCGAUUUGUAUAUGUAACCUGUGUAUGGUGAAUUGGUGAUGAUGCAUGGGGGUUGACUUUUGUCUUGUGUUAUUUUUGAGCAUGAAUAAGUUCUUGAAAGAGUUGUAAUAUGUAUGGGCAAUGUCGGGUUGAAAUAAGAUUUAAUAAAGUUUUUGCCCGAGCAUUGUGGAAUGUCAUCGGAGGAUAUUCACUGUU